GGAUAUUUGUUUUGCAGUGUUUUAACGUCCAGCUUCCUGGAGGGAGCACCGGCAGCAGAGCUGAGUCAGUUGCGCUGAACGAAAGCGAAAGAUGAUUUUGCAUUUAAAUCAUCGUUGAUAAUUUAAUAUAUCAGACAUGAAUGUGAUUGUGAGCAGAAGGAAAGCGCUUCACGAGAGCAGUCAUUUAUCGAGAGACUUCAUGAGCUUUUCGCACAAAUGACGUAGACGAGCUCAAGUUACUGUGUUGUUGUAAUCUGCUCAGGACCUCUGUGAUUUAACCAGCUUUUAUUAUUUGACAAAUCGCGAUUUAUCGCUAUUAAACUAUCAGAAGACGUGCGUGACGGACGCUGCAGAUAUGGGAUAACAGCAGUAAUCUGAUUAAACGGCUUCAGACUAUAAUUUUGUAUAUUAAGUACAAACCUUUAGUCAUUAAAAUUGCUUCGCUGAUUUAUUUGUCAUCUUAUAAGUGUUUUAAGCCAGUUUCUCAUCAUAAAUGCAGCUGUUUGCAUGUUGACAUGGAUCACAACGGUCAAGAGAGUGGGAAUAUGGAGGAGGUGAAGAUAUGUGAUCCAUCAAUCCUUCCUCAAUGUCCUGAUCACACAGACACUGACGUCCCAUCUGAAAACCAUUGUGUGAAUGAAGAUCACAGGACGCCUUCAGACCCAGAGGGGCUUUUGGAGUCAGCAGAUCAUUCAUCCGAGCAGGACGUCCUACCACAAGAGCCUUCAACAGAAAUGCAGAAGCUCCAUGUUGAGGAUGACCGUUCUCUGUGUCCCGGCGGUUCAGAGACGGAUUCUGGGAAAGCAUCCCAAGACUCUGCAUUAGUGGAUAAUAGCAAUGAUGACUCUGGUGAGUUUGUUGUAACUGUUUUAGCUCGGGGGAAGAUGGAAGAGCAGGGAAUGGGCAUGAAAGGAGCCUCGUCCCCUUUGUCCGAGACCGGCACACCUCUGGGACCCCCGUCACACAGGAACGAGGACGUGACAGCGGAUAGUUGGAGGCAGCACAGGAAGCAUGUGUUCGUGUUGAGUGAGGCAGGGAAGCCUAUCUAUUCCCGAUACGGAAGUGAGGAGGCUCUUUCAUCCACCAUGGGGGUGAUGAUGGCUCUGGUGUCAUUCGUGCAAAGUGGAGACAACAUCAUUCGUUCUGUUUACUCUGAUGAGCACACAGUGGUGUUCAUGCAGCGUGGUCCUCUGGUUCUGGUGUCCGUGUCCUGCAGCCGUCAGUCCGAGCAGCAGCUCCGCAACGAGCUUGUCUACGUCUACAACCAGAUCGUCAGCAUGCUCACACAGGCCAGCAUUACGCGCAUCUUCGAGCACAAGAAGAACUACGACUUGCGCCGCCUGCUGGCCGGUUCCGAGAAGAUCCUGGAUGGCCUCCUAAACCUGGUGGACUCGGACCCCAGUUUCUUACUCUGCGCCGUCCACUGUCUCCCCUUAGCUUCAUCUCUCAGGGACUCCCUCAGUCAGAUCCUUCAGAAGGCCAUCACACCAAACUUGGUCUUCUCCAUCCUCAUAGCAAAGAACCAGCUGCUGACCAUAGUUCAGGAGAAGAUGGUCAUUGAUGAUGCCCGACUGGAGCCGGCCGACCUCCAUCUUCUGCUAAACCUUAUUGGAGCCUCGUCCGCCUUUCAGGCCGGGGAAAUCUGGACACCCAUCUGCUUGCCCAGUUUUAACCCUGACUGUUAUUUUUAUGCCUACAUCUCCUAUUUGGACCCUCCUGAAUGUACUGUUUGUCUGGUUCUUCUCUCCACUGAUAAAGAGGCCUUUUAUUCAGUGGCCGAGUGUAAGAGGAAGAUUGAGGAGGCUAUGCAAACACAGAAUGCGCUCAAGUCCAUAGCGAAGGCUCAGUCGUACAGCGUCAGUCAGGUGGGAGUGUCUGAUCUCAGGCAUUUCAUGUACAAGCCCUUCGACGUGCCCGACAACCAUCGCCAGCUUACCCAGUUCACCAGCCCAGAGAUGGAGGCCCCAUACAGCAGUGAAGAGGAGCGGAUGAGACUGCUGGACCUGUACAGAGACCUGCACGGACGUAUUCACAGCGCUUCACGACCCCUCAAACUCAUCUAUCAUGUGGCUGAACGCGAGACUCUGCUGGCCUGGGUCACGAGCAAAUUCGAGCUGUACACGUGCUUCAGUCCCCUCGUCACUAAAACCUGUGCCAUCAACGCCAUCACUAAACUACUGCGCUGGAUCAAGAAAGAGGAAGAGCGUCUGUUCAUCCGCUACCCUCCAAAGUACUCCACCACCCCAAACCCCAGCAGGAGCUCCAAAACAGAUGCACAUUAAUCAGACUCAUGACAGCAUUCAAACCGAACUCACCAGAGAUCAUUCCACCAACCAGAGGUUCAAAUAAUGAUGUUAAGCGGCUGGAUUUGUUGGACCAUUUAACAGCAUCAUCUGGAAUGAAUCUAGUUUUCUACACUGAAGAAAAGUCAUGCACGUUAUUUAUUCCACACACACAGCAUUGAUGAUGAGCUUUACGUAGCAAAAGAGGCCCAAUCAUAUAUAGAGUAUGGAUAUAUAUUUUUUCUUCUCAGCUGGUGGCAGUGGCUGAAUAUGGAAGCUAUAACUGGAUUGUUUUUUUGUCAUAUAAUUGCAUCUAGAUUAGGAAAUGUUUAUGCUAUGAAAUGAUCAAAUUUGGUAAACUGGUUUCUUAAUGAAAGAAGACACAAGCUUUUCAUCUAAAUCAGGGCUUUUCAAGCGAUUCUGUGAAAAUGUUUGGACAAAAAGGCUUUAAAAAUAAAACGUUUUUAAUAAAUAAAUAAUUAUGUUUAAUACAUUUUAUCAAGACGUAAAGAAAUAAUUAUAAAAAUGUUCUCAAAUCAUUUAAAAUAUGAUUAAAGUAUAAUAAAAUGAUUCAAAUUGAUCUCAAAUUUGUAAUAGUACAUAAAUUAUGCAACUAAUAAUCCAAUAAAUACUCCAGACCUGUUUAUAAUAUUACAUUAGAGAAUAUACAAAUAAGGAUAUUUUUGGAUAAGGGAUGCUAAAAGAUUGAAAAGCUCUAGUCUAAACUCUUAUCACCGUCACCUUUUCUGCUCGUUCUUUGUAUUUGUGAUGGAGUUUCCUUUAGUCUUACAUGGCUUUGAACUUCAACCCAAACUUAAAUAACAUAUCAGGAGAUCAUGAAUGGUAUCUUUAGUAUGAGUUAGUGUUCUUUUAUUUGUUUUAGUUGAGUGUUGUGUGUGAUUUUAUUUGUUUCCUGGUCAUGAUUUAUGACAUUUUUUCUCUGGCAUGUGCACUAUGAUGUCAUUGUAUUAUAAUAAUAAGAUCAAGACCACCAUAACGGGUUAAACCACUGGACUUAAUUGGAAAAAAUGUAUGAUAUUUGGACAAUUACAUACUUGCAAUUUUUUCUGGAAGAAACAAAACAACAUUUGUAUUGAAGAGGAAUAAUAUAUUGGUGCUGUAAUAAAUCUGAGGUUGCUCAAAGUACAUCUUGCAUUAAUAGCUUUAUUUUCCUAAAUACUCGCACAACAGAUUAAUCAAUUUUGUUGUUCAUAGGUGUUUGUCUGAGUGUGUGCGCGUUUAUUUAUGACAUUGUCACACUUUGCAAAAAGCAAAUGUCUUGAAGUCAAAAUGCACGUUUUCGAAGCAAUAUUGCCUGUUUUGUCAAUAAAAUAGGUUUAAAAGCCA